AUGCCACCCAAGCGUCGUCGAACCGGAAAGCCCGGCACAUUGAUCGUCAGACUCCCUGAUUCACUAAGUUCUGGUCCGGAGCCGCUGGAGUAUCUGAUCAGCAACCUUCCCAAAGAGCGUGGUCUGGAAUCGCUUCAGGACAUAAUAGAUGCCCUCCCGAAUGAAUCUUUCUCAGCGACAAUCGCCGCUACUCUCAGGGAUGGCGAUUUCCUGUCUUAUGUAGAGUUCCAAAAGUCUCCUGAACGACAAGCUGUCUUUGGUACAAAGUUUCUAGAUCAACCGCGUCUGACCCGGUAUUAUCCAUGGACGAAAGGUAUGCCCAGGGAUAACGUCUCGGCGUACACGCAGAACGUAGUUCUAGCAGACGUUAUCACUACGGCUAAUAAGCUGAAAGAUGACUUCCAGAAUCUCCAUCUCAACCUACACGUCGCAGGUGCGGAUGCAACUACUCUUCUUACUGCUGAGGUGCUCCGCGGCAUGAGCAAACCAUUGAGGCCAACACCUGCUGUGCUGAUGAAUAUACCUUCACCUCGCCUCCACGACUUGUACUCUACGCCUCCGAUAUUUGCCACUGAGAAGGGGGUUCUAAGACGAACGGAGGUCACGGUGAAUAUUGGGCCGUAUUUGAGUUUCGUAGAUUUACAUCACGACGACGCACAUGGCACUCAAACCCUCACUUCGGGCCGGAAGCUAUGGCUCUUCUUUCCCCCAACCGAGACCAACCUUUCCGCACUAUGCACAGCCUACCAGGCAUCCUUCCAUAACACGAAGGGCUCGUCUCGGGGUGCCCAAGGGGAACGCUACCUGGCCGCGUUGUCUGGAAUAUACCCAGCUGACAACGCCAUUCAGCGUGCCAGCACAGAUUCACCAAAGCUAAGCAACGGCAUCGCUGUCAUCCAAACCGCAAAUACAAACAUGUGGAUUCCCCCGUUCUGCCCUCACGCCGUAUUCACGCUCCAAUCUUCCGUCCUGGUUGGGCGCGAAUUCUAUCUUCCUCGCACGCUACCCCUAAGAAUCGAGCAGGUAGAGCUGUUCGGCGCGUACGAGAAGUGUGUCUCCGAGACAGGACGACCUCAGGUUGAUUGGGUAGUGGAGCUCGUUGAACACAUCGCGGCCGUACUUCGGCUUCCGAUGAAGAAGAAGAAAAAGAAGAUGACCGGAACCACCAAGAAGGCGCCGAAGCGGAAACGGAAUGAUGAUGACGCAGGAACCCAGGGGAACACGAACUCGAAUGUCUCAACUUCAAGCUCGUUGCCUCCACCAGCGACGGCUCAGAGUACGCGCUCAGAGCUGGAAGUCAUCUUUUUGUGUUGGUUUUCGCAGUACGAGAAGAUUGAAAAGCUAGUCCAGAAUAUCUCUAGCAUGCCAGGAGUAGGAAAGGAGGACAGGCAGAAGAUGAGCAAAGCGGUCACCUCGGUAUGGCGAGAGUUUUUACGACAUCCGGAAGUUCAAGCUUGGAGGGCGUGUCCAGCAUGUGGAGCAGACUUUAGAAAGCAGAAUCGGCGUGAACAUUUAUGGAAGAACCAUUUAUUACCCUGCCAUUCAGAAGAGGGGUGGAAAUUCUGGGGAUGGUUUGGCAAGGUACAGUAG